GUAUAUACACACAUCGUUACUAUGUAGUGACAAACACUUGCAAUAAGCAAUAUAAAAUAAUGAUUUUUCACUUGCAUAUAGGACAGUACUCACGAGGGCGAGUUUGAAUGUUAUUAGGGGACUGGAAACAUCAAACAUGAUAGACUCCUGCGGAAUGAAAACUGUGAAAUAUGCUUUCUUUAUUUUUAAUUUGAUAUUUGCGCUAACUGGGAUAGCGAUAAUAGCAGCUGGAGUUGUAGUCAUAGUGGGCACAAAUGACUACAAUCAUUUUCUCGAUCCAGCAGUUCUUGCCUUAUGCAUAAUAAUGAUUGUGGUAGGUUCAAUAGUAUUUCUAAUAGCUUCAAUGGGAUGUUUCGGUGCUAUUCGAGAAUCCUACUGUCUUCUUAUUACGUUUUCGGUUUGCCUCAUUAUCAUAAUCAUGAUAGAGCUCGCUGUUGGAGUGACCUCAGCUGUUUACCAAGACGACUUCGUGCAAGGGCUCAAUGAAACCAUAGUAAAUUACGGAAAGAAUGAAAAUGACAGGGAAAACUGGGAUACCAUUCAAAAAGAGCUGAAAUGCUGUGGCAUUGAUGGACCGAUCAGCUGGCAGGGGCAAAACGUUCCGAAAAGUUGUUGUUACGACAGCGACAGCGAGAAGUCCCAAGCUCCAUCCAAGUAUUGCUCAGAUCAGGCCUUCGGCAAAUUCAUGUAUAAUGAGGGUUGCGUUGAGAAACUCAGAAUGGGGGUCAAGUCAAAUUCGAAAAUUUUGAUUGCUGUCGGUAUUGGCAUAGCCUUGGUGGAGGUCAUUGGUAUAUUCCUCUCCUGUUGGUUGGCUUGCACCAUAAAAAAAGAGGGAGUGGAUAAAUAAUCCUCAAUAUUUGAUUAAUUGAUGUAUUGAGUGCAUUUAUUUUAAUUUAAUCAUUUUUAUUCAUGGAAUAAUCUGGCUCAAUCCAUGGAUCAUAGCGAUUUCUGUAAAAAUAUCAUUCAGCAUCUUUGUCAUUUCACUACUGAUCAAUAUAGGAACCAAGAAACAACAUGUACUCCUCAACCUGAAAUUAAGUAGAAAAAGAAAACAGCAUCAAGGAUAAGAAUAUAUUGUAUAUCUAAAUAUAAAUGAGAAUUCUUGAAAUUUCAGUCAACAACUUGAUUUCAACAUAUAUCAAAAUAGAAAUUUUGAUUCUCUAAACACUAUACUCAUUUUUGUGAUAUAUCAAGUAAUACUAUAUUUUACAUUUUUCCAUUCAUAAAAUAAAUGUAUCUUACAAG